AUGAAUUUUCUCAUAAUUUUGCUCUAAUACAGAAAUCAAACAACAGCUACUUGGGACCACCACUGUCUUCCUUUCUCCUUAAUCUCUGCAACAAACUCAAUCAUUUCUACACUUUCUUGCUAAUCAUCCCUUUUUUAUGUUUCCACCAAGAAAGAACCCUUUUUUCACUCUCCAUACUACACUAACCCUGUCUACAUUGUAAUAGGCCAACACCCAUCUCAGAAAGUUUCCUACUUUUUCCUUUUUAUCCCCUUUUUUCUCAAGCUCACAUUUUUGGGUUGUAAUGAUGGUGAAGAAGCUUUGCUGCUUUCAGUAUUUUGCUCUUUGGAGUCUCCUCAUGGCUGUUCUUGUUUCCUCCAAGCACCAUGGAAAUUCUGCAAAUGACCUUGUUGAUAUCAUUAACAAGAACAGAACUGAUCAAAAGCUUCCUCAACUUAGCAACAGUCCUGGACUUGGGUGCAUAGCCUUGCAAUAUGCAGAGGAAUGCAUGGGGAACUGCAGUUCAAACAACAGUGUAAAUUGUCACCCUUCUGAAGAUGACUUCACCGAAAUUUUUGCUCCAAACUGUGGCGUUGAGCUACCCACUUUUGGGACCAUAUCUGGUCACAUUCUCGGCUGUCAACCAAAGUAUCUCGAGCCAUUGGAAGCCUUCUCAAAUGUACUUGUUCAUGACAAAAGAACUCUUUCUCUUUUGAGGAACAAAACUUAUACUGAAGUUGGAGUGGGGAUUAUCAAAGCUCACAAGCACAAAGGACCUUACUUAUGGUGCAUUUUGUUUAGUAGUAGCCAGAGAAACACCACAUUCGUACUUGAUGAUCUUGGUGAAGGGAUUAAGCAGAAGAAAGGAUGCUAUAGUGGAACCAGCUUCCCUUGCAGCAGAGCACAUAGAGACAAAGGUCUUUUAUCGAACAAAAUUGGGAUUUUGGUUCUGCUCUGUGUUAUCUUCUUUCAAGAAUUCCUUCUCAAACUUCUCUGAUAUUACUAUAUAUCUCUACUCAACUAAAAUUUUGUCUCUCAUUUUGCUGAAUCAAUCUUGAGCAUCCAUUCAUGAUUCAUUUUAAA